GGCUGUGCUUGUCCGCUACCUCCUCCUCUCGAGUCCUCUCCAUGUCUGGUAGUUGCCCCGCGACCGUGCGGUCAUUUCCCCUUUGCUGCCCUCUCCUAUAUCGUCGGCGUUGCGUCGCCAUCGCCGUGCCCGUGACGCUAAGCUCUCUGCUCCUCCAUUGUCCGUCGGUCGGCCAGAGCUUCUCGACCGCUCCCGAGCUCUCCCUCUACUAUAAAUAGCUUGGCCGCCCUCCUCCGCAGCUCGCCGAUCUCUUAUCGGCCCUCCUAGUCCACCGGAGCCCCUCCACCUCGCCUCUGUCCACCACCGUCCAUCAUGGCCGCCUCGGCCUCGGCCUAAAUUUCGGCCAGCCGAGUUCCUCCUCCACCCCCUGACCCCACCAUCUUCUUCCCCACACGCCGGCGCACCUCCCCAUCCUCUCCACUCCUCGCCGGAGUAGCCAUGGUUGUCGCCUCCAUGCUCGGCUGCCGCCACCGCUGCUCUUUGUCCCCGCGUGGCGUUGCCACUCCGCCCCUCCCCGGCGCCCGCAACCCAGCCCGUUGGACGCGCCUCCUUCCCUAGAGCUCGCCGGUGCCGCCCACUCGGCCGGAGACCGCAGUCGCCGGCCGGGCCGUCGUCAGCCAGAGCCUCCCCUGCUCCCUACUCUGUUUCCAUCGGGGGCAGGGUGAGGAGGAAGAAGACAUGGGCCAGGCGAGCCCCCUCCUCCCCGCGGGACCCCACCCGUCAGCCCCUCCGCGUUGACCCAACACAGGCCACGUCAGUAAGUGGAAGCGUAUUAGAGAGAAUACGUUUUCCUCCUGUGAAAACGUCUUUUAAUUCGUCUUCAGUUGAAAAUUCGCUUCUCUGUUCUGAAAACGCAUUCUCAGAAAAGACGUUUUCUGUUUUUCAGCCGGGGACUUGUUUGUGGAGCUAUUUUUACACAUUGUUCCCUAAUCUUCCACCGCUCGUAUCUUCGCGACUCUAACUCCGAAUCAGGUGAUUCCAAAGCCCACGUCUUCGUCUCAUCGAGCCUGAUCUGUUGGUGUCAUUUUCACUAUGUGUUUGCAUACUAGAAAUGACCAUUUUGCAUUGUUGAGGAAAUCGUUAACUGGUAGCUGCUCGGUCGGCCGGUGAGUAGGGGAUUAAUUGGCUAAUCGGCAAGUUAAUUGGCCAUUUAAUCAAUUAAUCGGAUGAUUUAUCGGGUAAUCGGCUACUCGGGGACCCUAUGAGUAGGGAUUAAUCGGCAAGUUAACUGGUUAAUCGGAUGAAUUCUUGAACAGGGCCAUUUUGCCCUUGCCCUUAUCUAGCCCCCUCCGAGAGAGAAUAUUUUUUGGCGAAUCGUUCCGCAACUUCACCGCACUUCUUCCUGGAGUAUUCUUCAUCCCCAGGCAAGCCACGACAGCCACUUACAUGAUGGAUUUGCAGUAUUCAUGGUUUUUACAUGAAUGUUUAAUAAAUGUUUGCUCAUUUACUACUGAUGUUGCUAUUUCGGUUAUGCUUGUGGAUCCCUGCUUAUCAUCAUGCUAUGCUUUUAUGCACUCUGUUAGUUAUAUGGUUAGUUGCUAGUAGUAUUGUUCUCGUAUUUCAUGCUGGUAUUUAUGUCAAGCUAGUGAUAGUGAUGUUCAUCUGAUGCAUGAUUAUCGUCAGUUAUGAAAAUUAUCUGUGAUGUGCAUGAUCAUCGCUAUGCCAUGUUCAUCUGCAUCCAGUAGACUAAGUGCUUUAUUAUUGUUGAUGCUAAGGUUGCAUAUGGUUAUAACCCCCAUCCAUGUUCAUGUUAAUAUCAUGCUCGUAUGCAUUGUCGUUUCAUCAUGUUUAUUAUGGCUCAGCUAUUUACUUAUCAAAGUUUAAUCGAAUAUUAAAUGAACUUGAACACCUGUUGGCCGAGUCUAUUGUCAUGCCUCUCAUCGGUGCCUCCAACUAGGGAAGGUUAUGUACGCGCGCUGCCCUGGCCCGGUAGGCGGUGAUAACCAUGUGUGCCCGAGUUGUUUGCGCGCUUUUGUCCCCGUUUGGGACCGUUUAUGUUUUGCCACGAUGGUGGUCAUUGCGUGUCAUGAGGUGACAUCAGGGUCACCCAUGAAUUAGCCCGAAGGGGGGUUUGUCAGAGUGGCUGGGAGAGUGUCAUGCAAUAGAUUGGUUUUGUCGGAACGCCGUUGGUCCACCCGAAUGGAGCACGAGGCCUUGGGUUCCGUAGUGUGGGUACAGUGUACUAACCUCUAUGGAGUGCAUAAUAUAUCGAUAGCCGCGCCCGUGGAUAUGGGAUCAGUUCAUAGUAGGUCACACUAUGGGCCAAUAGAAAUAAUAACCUGCUUAAUGAUAACCCUAGUCCGAUGAGGAAAGAAGUUUGUUGAUCUUUAUGUGAUCGUGAGAGGAUCACAGUGGUAUCGUUGAUACCGAAGCUGGUUGAUGUUUGUGGUGUUAUGCGAUAAUCACGGGUAAGGAUCAAGCUCCUUGUGGUCAGGUAAUGAUUACUACGGUAUUGUUAAUACAAAGCUUGAUUUGAUCCUGAGUGAUCGUGUGAUGUCCAUGAUGGUAAGUGGUACAUGUGGUGGUUACAAGGUAACCCCGAACAGAGUAAGUUGAAUCAUGAUAGUUUAAACAUGUUGCAUGCUAGCAUCAUCAUGUUCAUAAGUUCAUGCCAUGCUUAUAAUGUGCUAGUGGUAUCAUGUUCCUCAUUGCUUUAACUUGUAAAUGCCAUGAUAUUGUUUGUCUGGAGUGCUUUUGCUUGUUGUGAGCUUGUGAGUACAUUCAAAGUACUCACCUGGCGUAUCAUGCCAGUUUGCAGGUCAUGCUGUGUUUGCUUGAUUCCCGAGGAUCCCAAGUUUGCGACCUAGGAUACGCGUUCCAGCCAGAGUCCCUGCGGAGUGGAGUCCAUCAUUGUCGCCGUUGUUCCGUUGCUAGAAGAUAUUUCGCUACUACGAGUUGUUCUGCUGCUAGCAUAGAGCAACCUUGGCAGGCGUUGUCGUGGUUUUGUCACGGCAGAUGUCCUAAAGAAAGUACUUAGUCGUGGAGCCAUCGCGACGGGUUAGCUUAAAGGGGUUAAAGCGGACAAGGGACGCAGAGAGUUUAUUCUGGUUCGGCCCCUUGCGGUGAAGGUAAAAGCCUACGAUCCAGUUGUUGUGGGAUUGCUUGGGUUUCGAUGACCAGGGAGCGAAUACGCUUUGCCUGGGUCUCGAGUUGUUUUCUGUUGUCCCUAAACCGCCGCCGGGUCGCCCCCUUAUAUACAUGGGUUGACGCCUGUCGGUUUACAGGGUUCCGAGGCCGGCUCAUAAACGUGUCCGGCUCGGUCUCUACUUAUUUCUGCCUUAUAAUACAAGCUUACAUAUCAAGGUCGGUUUAUGACUACAUGCCUUAAUCCGCCUUUGGGCCCUGGGCCUUCAUAAAGCGUCAACAUCUUUGUCUUCAUGGGCUUUAAAUAUAAUAACUCAUUAUAGGGAUAACCCGGCCUCGCCUGGCCGGUUUAUGCCCAGUAGUAAUAUCCCCAACAUUAGGUCCCAGAUUGAUUUGAACUGGUUCAUGCCAAUCUCCAAUACUUGAGAAGAUUUCUUCUUCAGCACCUUCGCAUUAGUCUCGUAAACCGCCAUGACGUCAUCUUCUAGGAUCAUGAUAAACCGCCAUGACAUCAUCUGUUAUUAAAAAAUUGCAUAUAGCUCACCUUCAUUAAUAAACCUCCGACAAUUGAGGCGACAGCUCCGCCACAUAUCCAAUUUUUGGGCUCCUCAAUUUUCGCGCUUGUCACUUAUCCCUUUGCCUUUAUAAAUAGGACUAGGGGUCCUUUCCAUUUUUCCCCGCGUGCCUCUUCGCAUCGUCUUCUUCCUCGCGCCGACCGAACCUUCAAGCUCUGCCGCCGCCGUCAAUCUUCGCAUCUGCCUCAACAAUGGUUGCUACAUCAACCUGUUCGUACCAGAAAGCCGCGGCGUCUCUUUGCUGUUCCUCUGUCAUUGGUAAGCCUUCUCUCCCUCCACCCUAGAUCUUACCAUUAGGUUUUGUACUUAUCAGAGUUCUUCGAAGUUCUUGGAGCUGUUCUCCCUUGUUCCUCUUCAGUAGUACCAAUGGCGAGUUAGAUCUGAUAUUUUUCAGUGCCCUUGUAGUUUCAACUCCUUUUUCCACAUUAGGGCAUCUGCUUUAUAUAAAACUCAUCUGAACUUGCUAAACUGUUCGAGCACUUGAAAUCAGGUCAGAAUAUAUUUUGAUUUUCCAACGCACGACAUAUCUGAAAUUACUAUGCCAGGCUGUGAAACUUGUUUUUCCUUCACUUACACAUCUUAGAUCUGCAUCUUCAAUACCAGAUUAGGUGGUUUAAUCUCAUAGAAAAAUGAUGAUUCGGUAGGUACCAUUAGUCCCCUGUUGAACCGCCAAUGCAUUUAUCUUUGCACUUACUCCAUUGUCAGACUCCGGUUUACCAAUAACAAACUCCGGUUUAAUAACAUGCAUAUAUCCUUGCACCGCUUUAUAGUUGUCCAUUGUGAAUCUUAAACCGGCAAUAAUCAUGUUUCAGCUUCCCAUUGAAAUGGUCAAGCAAGUCUAUGAAUGCAACUGGGUUCCUUCUCGGGUCACUAAAGAUCAGUUAAACAGAUGUGUCGCAACUGUCUCUUUAGCCAAGAAAGAGGUCAUUCACCGGAGGGCCCCUGGUACGGAAAAUCCUCCUGAACCCAAGGAUGGAGAAGUAAUCAUUUUUGUUGACCAUCUGGGUCGAGGCUUUAGCCCUCCCGGUUCAAAAUUCUUCCGAGAUGUGCUUGCCAGUUUUCAGCUUCACCCUCAGGACAUCGGUCCAAACUCUGUGUCCAACAUCUGCCAUUUCCAAGUCUUUUGUGAGGCUUAUCUUCAAGAGGAGCCCACAGUUGAAUUGUUUAGGGAUUUCUUCCACUUAAACCAUCGCACAGAAUUUACAGAUGGACCCAAUACUGAACUCGGUGGAAUGGCGGUUCAAAAAAGGAAGGAAGUCAGCUUCCCUCACGCCAAGCUUCAAAGUCACCCAAAGGAGUGGAACCAGACUUGGUUUUAUUGCAAAGACACAUCUCCAACUGAUGAAAAUCCUUUACCGGGUUGCCACCCUCACUGUCUUAGCAAUACACAUCCCUUUCCUCAGAGGCUAACUGCCAAGGAAAGGGCCACCUAUGCCCCACAACUGUCAAAGCUUAGAGCCUUCAUGGCGAACGGUUUAGCAGGUGUUGAUUUUUCUCGUUGUUAGUUAAGCUGGAGUAUUCUGCCCUUAAGCCGAUGCCCCGGUUUAAUGUAUGAAUACACCGGGAGCUUGAAGGACCCUCAACGACACAUUGAUAUUCAGCUUACAGAUGAUGAAGUUACCGAGGCUGUGAAGAAGAUGCUGAAUGAACCAGAGGCUAUUUGUAGCCAGACCGGAUUAAGUCCUUUCUGUACCUCCAACGAACCGCCAGCUGGUGAUGAUCCGUUCUGGAAGAAAAAACCACAGGAUAAACCGGCAAAACCACAAGACAAAGCGGCAAAGCCACUUCGCCCGAAGACCAAGGUUGUUAAAAAACCUGCCAAGAAAAGGACCACUGCGUCUUUCGAGCCAAAUGCGGAUGCCGAUGUGGCUAAUCCGGACUUAGAGGACGACGCUGAAAGCAGUCAAGCCGAUGACAUAGAGGUAAUUAUCCUUUCCCCCGGUUCAGAUCCUGUGCCAACCUUAAAAAUCCGCCGAGCAAACCGGAAAGUAAAAUUUUCUCACCCCCUUGCUUACUUGGACCCAAACUUUCUUUUGAAGACGCAACAACACGAAGCUCGCCGCACAACCCGGCACAACGGCCAGGGUACUUCCCACUCAUCUUCUGGCGAGUCAUCAGCCACAAAGCUUCCACCCCUCAAAACAGUUCCUGGUGCCAAACCAAGACCCAGAAAGAAGGCUCGGCUAACUAAACCGGUUGACGAUAAUGUGGUUGUUGAACCGGAAAAGACUCUAGAUCCGGAAGAAACCAAUGCUGACGCCAUGCUUAAUGAUCCGCCGCCUCAAGGCCAUGACUUCUUUGCUGAACAAGUAUAAGUUGACACCACAAGCCAUGCUGACAAGCCGACCAGCCCUGUCCGAACUGAUGAUAAACCGGUCAGUCUAGCUAAGGAUACUAAUAAACCGCCCACUCCAGUGAAGGAUGCUGAUGAUAAAGAGGUUGAUGUUAUGAUUACUGGCUUUGGCCAUACCGCUCCUGGAAAUCCUGUCGCUUUAUCCAAACACAGCGCCAAGGUUCUACCAUGGGCAAAGGCAAUUGGAGCACAUAUCUGUCAAGUUAUGCUCACCUCAACGCCCAAGACAUUCAUUCUGGUUUUUUAAACCGUCUGUACGCAAGCCGCAACUUUGAAGCCGGCUUAGUAAAUCUAAUGAAGGAGCAAUAUGAGGCUGAGCUGAGCAAAAAGGAAGCUCAAACCGCUGAUCUGCAAGAAAACAUCAAGUCCCAGCAAGGCGAAACCUCCAAAGCCAAGGAUGAGUUGUCCGG